GCCUUCGUCGCUGCUAUCAAGCCCCGCCUUUCGAGCCGCCUGAUACGAGUGGUCGCGCAUGCUGCGCAUUUGCCACAAGGCGACACCUGCAGAGACUCAGCCCCUGAUCGUACAGUCACUGAAGUGGUUCACCACUACCAGCUACUCGACUGCUUGGUCGCCCCACAACUGUAAAGCGAUGCAGUCAACCCGGGGACCUGGAGCAACACAGGUCACAACGAGUAGCGACUCAAGAGCGAUGGAUGUAAACGCAUCGGCAGAAGCUAGACCAAAAGGAGAUCAGGCGACGUCCAAGGUCAUUGAACGCAAGCGAAAGAACCGACCCACGUCGUACAUUGCCGUCGUAGCCUUCCUUCUGCCACGGCCAGCAGAAAUCGCCUCGACGUCGCCGGCUUUGGCUAGCAAGUUGGAAAAGCUUGAUGCUAUCAGGAAGAAGUGGGACGCCGCUGAGCCCCGCUGGGUACCGCAUCUCACGCUCAUUCCACCUUUCAUCGUGCCUUUCGAGGUUGACGGCCACGGCGGGAGUAGCGAGGUUGACAAAGAUGCCAAUGGUGUCUCAGGCUGUGCAGCUGAUGUCACAGGGACGACUGUGCUAGCAAAAACGCUCCCAGGUCCGUCCCAUGCCGCAGCCCAUACAGCGCUUCAUCAGCUGACGGAGCGUAUCCAGCAAGCCGUAGCCGCCGUACCACGACAUCGUCUGGUGCUCGAUGAUGUUGGCAUCUUCAAACUGAGCAAGUAUUCCAAUGUGCAUUUAAGACCACGGCCAAGGCAGCGUGUCAGCGAAGAGGAUGGCCUUUCAGCGCCUGGAGCGGAGCAGGGCUGGUUCAUCGAGAUGCAAAGGCUGAUUCAAGACGCCUUGCCAGAGACCAGGCAGGCGGGGAGGGGAAGUAGUCGAGGUCGAGGGCAAAGCAGGGGCACAAGCAGGGACCCAGGGCGAGUCGGUGGGGGGAGAGGUAAGCAGGAUCGCCCUUUUGCCCCCCAUGCUUCUCUCGGGCAGGCUCAUAGUGAGGCCCAACUGGAAGAGCUAAAGGCGCUGGGUUUUGAGCUCUGUACGGCGCUAGCUGCGCCUGGAGAAGGUGAUCGAAGUGAUGUUGGGACUGUAGAGGGUCCGGCAAAUGGCACAGUAGCAGUCAUCUCUGAAGAAACGGAGGAUAAAGACGUCAGAUGUGGCUGUGGCAUUGACAUCGAAGUGACCAAGAUAGCGCUCAUGGCCAAGCCACAGGGGCGGGAGGGACGGUACGAUGUCUUCAGCGAAAUCACCAUCGACUAGCUUUGAAGUUGUAAGAUUGCAAGUGCAGUCGCGGGUAGUCUCUCGUGUCAUGCUAUCGAAGUCAUUUCUCAAUCGUGGUCAUGUCGCAGCCCUCCGUGACACCUCCAACUCGAUGUUGCUCACCUCGG